UUUAGCAUCAGGUGCCCAGUAGGUAGUUAGGGAUAUCACUGAACCCCUAUUGUGGAAAUACGACUCCCAUUGGCCGACUUCUACAUACCUAUUUAUUUGAUGCUCUAGAUAGUGAUAUCUAAAAGAAACAAUAUAUAAGGGUGUUCUGAUCGUCAACCACUACUUAUUAGUCAUUGCCAAGUUUAAAGCUUAAACAUGCGAUUCUUAGUGCUUUUAGUUUUAAGUUACAUUAUAAUUAUUAUUGGAAAUACAGAAGCGGCAAAGAUAUUGGUUGUGGUUCCAACACCUUCUAUCAGCCAUCAAGUAGUGUUUCGACCUCUGAUUCAGGAACUAGUUAAGAGAGGACACGAUGUCACCGUCAUCACAACAGAUCCUGCCUUCCCGAAAGGAGGAGCUCCUGCUAACCUGACUGAAAUCGACAUUCAUGAUUUGUCAUAUAAUAUUCUCACACAAGAAAUGGCUAAAAUGCCAAGAGGUAACAAGGAUGACUUGCUGCUUCAAGUGGAGUUUUAUUUAAAAGUCUCUGCUUCAGUCUUUAGUGAGCAAUUAAAGGACAAAAGUGUGCAACAACUGAUUAAUAACAAAAACAUAAAAUUUGAUUUAUUGAUCUUAGAAGCAAUUUUUAGACAAGCGUUAGUGUUUUCGCACAUAUUCAAAGCUCCAGUUAUACAAAUGAGUUCUCUAGGGGGUGUUUUUGACAAUUUCGUCACGAUAGGAGCUCCGACACAUCCCAUUCUGUACCCAACAAUGAUUUCACAAAAACUGACCAAUCUUUCAAUGUGGGAGAAAAUAACUUUACUAUAUAGUCUUUAUGUGGGUGAAAGGAUAUAUCAAAAUAAUGCAAUUCUGGAGAAUAAACUUAAUCGAGAACUUUUUGGGCCUGAGGUACCAUCAGUGACGGAACUGUAUGAUAAUGUAGACAUGCUGUUCUUGAAUGUGUAUCCAGUGUUUGAAGGUAUUCGACCAGUUCCUCCAUCUGUUAUCUACACGGGUGGUCUGCAUCAAAACCCGGAGAAGGAAUUACCUGAGGAUCUUAAAUCUUAUUUAGAUUCUUCCAAAAAUGGUGUUAUUUACAUUAGUUUUGGAACGAACACGGAUCCUACUCAACUUCCUCCUGAGCGCAUCCAAGUUCUAUUGAAAGCAUUCUCUCAGUUACCAUACGAUGUUUUAUGGAAGUGGAACGGAGACGAGCUGCCUGGACGUACUGAGAACAUCAGAAUCUCAAAGUGGUUGCCGCAGUCUGAUCUACUGAGACAUCCCAAAAUCAAAGUGUUCGUAACACAGGGUGGUCUACAAUCCACAGAUGAAGCAAUCACAGCUGGAGUUCCAUUGAUUGGAAUUCCUAUGGUGGGCGAUCAGUAGUUUAACGUAGAAAAAUACGUACAACACAAUAUUGGUGUUCGCUUAGACUUUGGAGAUCUCACACCGGAUACCUUUAAAAAUACGUUACUCAAAGUUAUCGAAGAUGAUAGCUAUCGACGAAAUAUAAUCAAACUACGUAGUUUGAUGCGUGACGAGGUCCAGACUCCACUGGAGCGCGCCGUGUGGUGGACGGAGUACGUGCUGCGGCACGGCGGCGCGAAGCACCUGCGCUCGCCCGCCGCCAACAUCUCGUGGGCGGAGUACCUAGAACUGGAACUGGUGCUCACAUUACUGGCAGGAUUACUGUCUAUCUUCAUGUUAUUUGCCUUUACAGUCUAUAUAUUAUACAAAUAUUUCUUCACGAGUAACGCGACUACGACAAAAUUAAAGCGGAAUUAAUUUCCUUUUUUUAUUUAAUUGGUAACUUAUUUAUAUACAAGGUUAUUGUAAUAAUUUGGAUGAAGUUAGUAUGUAUAAAGAUGUAGUCAUAUUGCAAAUUUUUGAUAAGAAUAUUUGUCUUUGCAUUUCUCUUUCAUUUUCAUUGGAAUCUAAUAUUUAAUUUGAUGUAAUUAAACGCCUUGCGCAAUCAAAAGGGCAAAAUCUGGA